CCACACCUCGGUUAUCGAACGUUUCGGAAGUUGAAUGGUCUUCCAUAAUGGAUUAUGUUCGACAACCAAGGUUUUACUAAUUAGAAGUAAAACUUUACCACGCUAGCUCUGUCUCCGCCACUUCCCACAAUGUGGAAUGAAAACAUACACCAUCAUGUAACAUAAAACAAUCCCAUGACUGCAAGCACAGAGCAAGAAUCCUAACAAACUCAGCAUGCUAUACGGAACCACACAGCAUGUAACCUUCAGCUUCUCUGCUGGUACCUUGCACUGAGCAAAGCCUCUUCUCAGUGAAUACCUCAUACUCCUGCCAAUGCUGCUGCAGCCUUGGCUUUAUACCCAUCUUUGCACAUACACACAUUAGAGAAAGAGAAGAUGAACGAGUGACGCUCCAGGCAUUUAGCCUUCGACUAUUUUAAGCCACCCAGUGAAGCCGGUGUGCUAACUUAACAGAAUGGGGAAUGGGCUGCUGAAGACACGGCCCAAGCACGGAGUGCAAUGUCACCAAUUUUUCCAGAUUACACCAACAAAAGCAAGCUAGGGAAUAUCCAGUUUUCUUUACACAAGCCAAAAUGGCGGCAGCCUUGCUUUGCAAUCUUUCAAACUACUAUAGAGAAGGAAGCUGAAUUCGUGAAAGAAAUGCUGCUGGGAAUGGCUCUUUAGCACUGGAGUUAUUUCCCCACCCACAACAAUGCCCUUUUCUGACUUUGUCUCGGCCCUGAAGGACAAUCCAUACUUCGGAGCAGGCUUUGGCCUGGUGGGUGUAGGUACAGCCUUGGCCCUGGCCCGUAAAGGGGCACAGCUUGGCUUGGUGGCUUUCAGGCGGCAUUGUAUGAUCACCCUAGAGGUGCCAAGCAAGGACAAGAGUUACCACUGGCUGCUGAGCUGGAUCUCUCACCAUGCAAAGCACACCCAGCACCUGAGCGUGGAGACCUCAUACCUGCAGCAUGAGAGUGGCCGUAUCAGUACCAAGUUUGACUUUAUCCCCAGCCCUGGGAACCAUUUCAUUUGGUAUAAAAGGAAGUGGAUCCGCAUUGAACGGAACCGGGAGAAACAAAUGAUUGACCUGCAUACGGGCACCCCUUGGGAAUCUGUCACCUUCACAGCAAUCGGUAGCAACCGAGAAGUUUUCUUCAACAUCCUGCAGGAAGCCAAAGAAUUGGCUCUGAGGCAGCAAGAAGGAAAGACAGUCAUGUACACAGCCAUGGGGGCUGAAUGGCGGCCAUUUGGUUUCCCACGACGUCGGCGCCCGCUCACCUCUGUAGUGCUUGAGAAAGGAGUGUCCGAGAGAAUUGUGCAGGAUGUGAAAGAGUUCACUGGUAACCCCAAGUGGUACAUUGAUCGAGGAAUCCCCUAUCGGAGAGGAUACCUGCUGUAUGGGCCCCCAGGUUGUGGAAAGAGCAGUUUCAUCACAGCCCUUGCUGGAGAACUUGAGUACAGCAUCUGUCUCCUGAGCCUGAGUGACCGCAGCCUCUCUGAUGAUCGUCUUAACCACCUCCUGAGCGUAGCUCCUCAACAGAGCAUCAUCCUCCUGGAGGACGUGGAUGCUGCUUUCGUCAGCCGGGAUCUUGCUGCCGAAAACCCCAGCGCAUACCAAGGCAUGGGACGCCUGACUUUCAGUGGCCUUCUCAACGCGUUGGAUGGUGUGGCUUCCUCCGAAGCAAGGAUCGUAUUCAUGACCACCAAUUAUGUGGACAGGCUCGAUUCAGCCCUAGUUCGCCCUGGCCGGGUGGACCUGAAGCAGUACGUGGGGUACUGCUCAGAGUGGCAGCUCAGGCGCAUGUUCCAGAGGUUCUACCCAGACCAGCCAGCAGCUGCGGCUGAGGAGUUUGCCAAACAGGCCGUGUCUGCCUCUGAUCAGAUCAGUGCCGCGCAAGUCCAAGGCCACUUCAUGCUAUACAAGGCGGAUCCGGACGCAGCCCUUAAGAACGUGCAAGCUCUUAUAUCCUGACGUUGAACAAACCCCGAGACCGCUUUGCAUAUGGCUUCCCCAGGAAAAGGGUUGUUUGCAUGCAUGGAUUUGUUUAGGCGGGGUGAGAUAAUCAUGAGGAUGAUGCCAUCCACAUGUCCACCUCAGUGAGGCCACCUUUUUGUAAAGAAAAUAAAGAGCAACCCAACAUAACUCC